UUUUAAUAUUAUUAUAAGUGGAUUAAAAUAGUUGGGACUUCUCCGUAAAAAUUUUCAGUAUUCACCGAAGAAUCUCUCUAUUUCUGUAUUUUUGCUAGAACAAUUGCCAAGUAAAUCACGUUGGUCAGUUUGCGAGGAUUGAUAGUACAGUGGAGGCUGUUAAUUCUGCAAUUCAGUCAAUUAAUUUGAAGGAGAUUUAGUCUGAGAUGAAGAAAAAUGGUAGCGGAGCCAAUAUAUCGGAUAAGGGUCGGUCCCUUCCGGCUGACCCGAAUCUCCCGCGGUUCCUAUGCCAGAACUGCCGCCACAGCCUCUGCAUGGUCGGCCUCGACUCGCACGCCGACAAGUUCCUCGCUCCAGGAAUGCAAGGUUCUUCAAUCCUUGGAACUGGUAGUGUUGUAGGCUCAACUCGAAUGGACCACUCUUUUGUAGUAUUGCCAAAGCAAAGGAAUCAGUCUCCCGGAGUUCCUCCUCGACCUCGAGGUGGGCCUUUGCACCCUGAGGUUAGCCAGUCUGGUAAAGCAAUAGACGAGUCUUUUGUUGUGUUACCUCCACCAGCUGCUUCAGUGUAUAAAUGUGAGCCUGGAGCUGAUGGAGGCGGAACGAAUUUGCCUUCGCCUGAUGGUGGGCCAAUUGAUUCUCCUACUCAGCCGCAUAAUUCGGGCUUCCACUCCACCAUUACAGUCCUGAAUCGGGCGUUUGAGAUAGCCACAACACAGACUCAGGUUGAGCAGCCUUUAUGCCUUGAGUGCAUGCGGGUUUUGUCUGAUAAACUUGAUAAGGAGGUGGAAGAUGUGGACAGGGACAUCAAAGCGUAUGAAGCUUGUCUUCAACGUCUGGAGGGGGAAGCAAAGACUGUUCUUAGUGAGGCCGAAUUUCUUAAGGAGAAGUUGAAGAUAGAAGAAGAAGAACGAAAACUUGAAGCAGCAAUUGCAGAAACUGAGAAACAAUGCUCAGAGGUAACAGCUGAACUGAAGGAACUGGAGUUAAAGUCUAGCCGGUUUAAAGAGUUAGAAGACCGAUAUUGGCUGGAGUUUAAUAAUUUCCAGUUUCAACUGAUUUCACAUCAGGAGGAGCGGGAUGCAGUUUUGGCCAAGAUUGAAGUCUCCCAGGCUCAUUUAGAGCUGCUGAAGCGAACUAAUGUGCUAAAUGAUGCCUUCCCUAUUUGGUAUGAUGGGGAUUUUGGAACUAUUAACAAUUUCCGCCUGGGAAGACUUCCUAAAGUUCAAGUUGAGUGGGAUGAGAUAAAUGCUGCAUGGGGCCAAGCUUGCCUUCUCCUUCACACUAUGGCUCAAUACUUCCGGCCAAAAUUUCCAUAUCGCAUCAAAAUUCUCCCCAUGGGAAGUUACCCUCGGAUAAUGGACAGCAGUAACAAUACUUAUGAGCUCUUUGGUCCAGUGAAUGUGUUCUGGAGUACACGUUAUGACAAGGCAAUGACAUUGUUCCUGACCUGCCUAAAGGAGUUUGCAGAGUUUGCAAACUUGAAAGAUAAAGAAAACAAUAUCCCUCCUGAAAAAUGCUUUAAGCUUCCAUAUAAAAUUGAGAAUGACAAAGUGGAAAGUUACUCGAUUACACAGAGCUUUAACAAGCAGGAGAAUUGGACUAAAGCUCUCAAAUACACUCUUUGCAAUUUGAAAUGGGCGCUUUAUUGGUUUGUGGGCAACACCAACUUUCAGCCCCUUACGGCUGCUGUUUCCCCCCAUUCUGAGGUGUCGGGCACUGGAACAGGCUCAGGCUCCAGCUCCACUGUGCCUUCAUGCACAGAAGUACUGAACGACUUAGCGCCUUGUCUGGGUUUCCUGCAAGGCAAAAUCAACCAGCCGACUGUACAGUGUUGUGAUGGGAUGAAGGCCUUGAAAGCAAUUGUGAAAACAAAAGAAGAUCGUGUGGCUGCUUGUAAUUGUGGGAAACAAGCACUUUCCAUGGUCAAUUACGACCCAAAAAAGCUCCCUCUUAUUCCCAAUAAGUGCGGUGUCGACUUCAACCUGCCUCCAAUCGACAAAAACUUCGACUGUUCCAAGGCCUGAGCUCGACAAUGAUGAUUUGCGUCAACUGGGACUAAUUGUGGCAAGUGGGAUGAAAAAACAGUGUUAUAUAAUAUUAGUUUAUGAAAAUGGAAUAAAUGUGGUUGGAUUAGGCUACUAAAUAAUUUGAAUUUAUGUACUGUAUAUGUAACUGGGCCUGUUUUAAUUUUAUGUGUUCGAUCAAUGAAGGAGAAUAGAGAAUUCUUGCCCAGCGGAA